AGCCUCAUUCAUUCAUUCCGGGCCACCGGGCCUGGCCGGCUGCUGCAGCCCGGCCUCCACCGGCCGCCGUCUAAUGACCCAGGCUGCGUGCGCCGCGCUGCUGAGUCUGUGGCCAGACAUUCCUGUGGGACCGGGAAUCCGAGUUCUUGGGUACAAACAGCAACUUACUUUCCUCGGGGACUUUCUUCACCCUCCCGCGCAGGCUCGGGCUCUUUCCUUUUUUCUUUUUUGAGCAGCGGGGGGACACAGCCAAGAAAACCCCAAACAAACAAAGAGCCCCCCCGCCCCCCCUUUUAUUUUCAAAAGUAGCUAGAAAAAAAAUUAAAACAAACAAACCAGAAAACGAGGACAGCUAACCAGGCGGCCCCAGCCCAGCCCCCCAGGGCUGGCCUCUGUCCCCUGCGGACCGCGGCAUGGCGUCCAACAGCAUCUUCGACUCCUUCCCGACCUACUCGCCCACCUUCGUCCGCGACCCGAGCACCAGCCGCCGCUUCACACCUCCCUCCACGGCCUUCCCCUGCGGCGGCGGCGGCGGCGGCAAGAUGGGCGAGAACAGCGGCGCGCUGAGCGCGCAGGCGGCCGUGGGGCCCGGCGGGCGCGCCCGGCCCGAAGUGCGCUCGAUGGUGGACGUGCUGGCGGACCACGCGGGAGAGCUCGUGCGCACCGACAGCCCCAACUUCCUCUGCUCCGUCCUGCCCUCUCACUGGCGCUGCAACAAGACGCUGCCGGUCGCCUUCAAGGUGGUGGCACUGGGAGAUGUGCCGGACGGAACCGUGGUGACCGUGAUGGCCGGCAACGACGAGAACUACUCUGCUGAGCUGCGCAAUGCCUCGGCGGUCAUGAAGAACCAGGUGGCCAGAUUCAACGACCUUCGCUUUGUGGGCCGCAGUGGACGAGGAAAGAGUUUCACCCUGACCAUCACUGUGUUCACCAACCCCACCCAAGUGGCCACCUACCACCGAGCCAUCAAGGUCACCGUGGAUGGACCCCGCGAGCCCAGACGGCACCGACAGAAGAUAGAAGACCAGACCAAGGCGUUCCCUGACCGCUUUGGGGACCUGGAGCGGCUGCGCAUGCGGGUGACGCCGAGCACACCCAGCCCCCGAGGCUCACUCACCACCACAACCCACUUCGGCAGCCAAGGCCAGACCCCCAUCCAAGGCACCUCGGAGCUGACCCCCUUCUCCGACCCGCGCCAGUUCGACCGCUCCUUCUCAGCGCUGCCGCCGCUCUCGGAGAGCCGCUUCCCCGACCCCCGGAUGCACUACCCCGGGGCCAUGUCGGCCGCCUUCCCCUACAGCGCCGCGCCCUCGGGCUCCAGCCUGGGCGGCCUCGGCGUGGCGGGCAUGCCGGCCGCCAGCCGCUUCCACCACACCUACCUCCCGCCGCCCUACCCCGGGGCGCCGCAGAGCCAGAGCGGCCCCUUCCCGGCCAACGCGGCGCCCUACCACCUCUACUACGGCGCCUCCUCGGGCUCCUACCAGUUCUCCAUGGUGGCGGGCGAGCGCUCGCCCACGCGCAUGCUGGCCUCCUGCCCCAGCGGCGCCGCGCCCGCCGGCAACCUCAUGAACCCCAGCUUGGGCGGCCAGGGCGACGGCGUGGAGGCCGACGGCAGCCACAGCAACUCGCCCACCGCCCUCAGCACGCCGGGCCGCAUGGACGAGGCCGUGUGGCGGCCCUACUGAGCGCCGCGCCGGGGGACGGGACCUCGCUGGCCCGCGGCCCCGCGCGCCUGUCCAGCCACGGCUUUGUACAGAGGGGGCGGGGACCCCCGGACACUGCCCAGGCCCAGCCGACUCGUCCUCCUGCGUCUCCCGGGACCACCGCCCGGCUCCAGCCGUGCCCAGGGCUAGCUCCUGGGCCGGAGGCCAUCUCCGAUCCAGAAAAGUGGGGGGGCCCUGCCCAGAGGAAGAGCCCCGGGCCGGCCUCCCUCCACACCCGCCCCCCAGGCCCGGCCGCCCUCGGCAUUAACAGGAGUCAGAACUGGAGGCCCCGCCCCCGCCGGAGGGUCCCCUCACUGCCCACUGGAGGGGCUGGACCUCGCGGGCAGGGAGCAGAGAACACACCCCAGCCAGUGCCCCGACCCCGCUUCCCGGAAUUCCUACAGCCGAGAAGUACCCCCACCCCACCCCCGCCCCGUCCGGUCCCAGCUGCCUCUGGGUCCCAGGGAGCAGAUGAGCUGUGGCAGCAGGUCCCUUAUACAGGGGCGCACUUACAAACGGGCCCCUGGUGCACUUUUCCAGCCCAAGGCAACCACCCUCUGCCCUCUUGGUGGCUGGUUUCAUAAUUUCCAUUUUUGGAGAGAACUCAGGGCCCAGAUAGGUCCUAGGUCCUAGCAGCAAGCAUUGAGGAGAGGGGCGGUAAGGUCAGCCUCGCGGCCGUGUGCGCUGGGUCUGGGACGGCCCGGCCACGCCCCUCUGUUGCACUGCAGAAGUGAACAGUCUUGAACAAAAACCAGUUUUUAACCUUGAUUUUAGAAAAAAGCUUUAGUCAAACAUUUUCAAACAGAAGGUCUCUUACAGAUGAAGCACUGUGGCUGGGAACAGCACCCCCACCCCUGUCUGCCUUCUGAGUGGGGUCAUUGGGAUCCUACCACCUGCAGAUGUCCUGAUCCUACAGCUGCACCUUCCCCAGGGGGUCCCUGCGAGAACCCGGUGAAGUUCCAAAGGUGCUGGAAUCUCACAUCUGUGUUCAAAGACAUUGGUCCUGGAGGAGGCGGGGGGUGGGUGGCACUGGCUGUGUGACAGCAGAACAGUGGUGGAGGACUCCCCAGUCCUGGCUCAGCCACCCUGUGCUAGGAGGUCACCUCUGGAAUCUGCAGACAGGAAGCAGGCCUUGCUCAGGGGCUCAGGCUGCAAGGUCCUCACAUCGGAGUUCCUUAGUUCUGGAAAGGAACAGGAAGCAUACAAGGGCUGGCGAGCAGGUGAUUUUUCAUGACUGCUUCUGCCACAUCAUCUGUGGAUGUGAAAAGUCCCCUAUCCUGCUCCUUUGUGAUGGUCUCUAUCAUAGCACUUGUCCUGCCCUCACUAGAAUAAAGGCAUUCUCCAUCUCUUCGAAUAGUGACUGGGGGUGUCCUACAAACUCCCUGCACCCAGGGGGGCCUCUCCACCCCUUCUCAGGAAGCAGCUAUAAGUCCACUGCCCUCUUACCUGCUUCACUCCCAUUCUGUGGUCAUAAACUGGCCCAGGUCAGUGGGGGAGGCACCUUUGGGUUCCCAGUGCCCAGCACUUUGUAGCCCCACCCCAAGUGACUACCCCUUCCUGGUACCCAAGCCCCGAGUGGGGCAGGGACAGGAAAUAAAUUGAUCUCCACCCCCACCCCUGACGAGCAAUGCCGGCAGCCAGGUGGAAUCUGUCAAGCCCACAAUGGGUACAGACAACCGGGCUGGCAGAGAUGGGUCCUUAUUUGCAAGGCUGGUUUAAAGUUGUGCUGGGCGAGAACACACUGACUGGAAAGCACAAGGAGGGGAAGGGGUUGAGCCAAUGUUACUGUAAGCGCGUGGGCAGCGGGUACAGAUCCUUUGUGACAUAUUGUCACGCUGAGGCCUUGGUGUCUGCUGUGCUCAUGUCUUGUGUAAAACUGUCCCAGAAUGGGAGGGGAGGGUGGGGGGAGAGAAACUGCUUUGCACUAUUGUUUGCUUGGUGUGUUUGUUUUUCAUGCACAACUUGCUUGUACAGUAAACUGUCCGUCUUCUGUACUAUUUAACUGUAAAAUGGAAUUUUGAUUUGUUACAAUAAUAUAACAGAUAUGUUGAAGGA